UGUUUGGGGAGAGGCGCAAAAAAGCGCACCGCCGUCCUGGAGUGCGCGCACAGCGAGGCACGGCUUUCCUGACAGUCAGACGGGCACUGAUCGUCACUCCCCGGUCCGGAUCCGAGCUAUCGUUUUAUGGCAUUAUUUACCCAGUUUUUCAAGACGAAGGAGUCGGCUCCGGAUUGAAGGUGUAUGAAAGCACGUAUAUCAAUAUGCGUGCUUAUACCCGGAGAAGGAAGGCGUUAACCUGAAUCUGUCUGAUCUCUUUAGCUGGGGGAAAAAGUGUGCGGGGAUCGCGGAAAAUCUGAUCCAAGUGUUUUGUGGAGAUGAAUAUUUAAUAGACUGGGCAUGGAGAUAGCCUUAGUAAGUUUUGAGAACGGCGCCGCUAAGGGCAGCGGUGGGAGCCCGCACGAUGGCUGCUCAAACGCGCUGAAUAUCCCCCAGUCAAGCUUCGCGCAGACCGGUCUGGACGGGGGCUACGGCAAAGAACUGAACACCCUGGGAGCCCCGCAGCAGGGAUCGUGGAAAAUAAACGACAUGAACAACACUUUCAGCAGCAGCGAGAAUGCGAUCGAUGCCCUGUUGCGAGCCGAUCACAGCCCGCACCUCUUUGACGGGGACAUGCUGGAUAUGGAUUUGGAGAACGAGAGCAACGAGCGGGUGCUCAUCAAUAUCGCCGGUCUGAAGUUUGAGACCCAGCUGGGGACCCUGAAUCAGUUCCCCAACACUUUGCUUGGAGAUCCGGACAAAAGAAUCAAGUACUUUGACCCACUUAGAAACGAGUAUUUUUUCGACCGCAACCGGCCAAGUUUUGACGGGAUUCUUUACUUUUAUCAGUCUGGGGGGAAAAUUCGCAGACCCGUCAACGUAUCUAUCGAUGUUUUCGCAGAUGAAAUAAGGUUUUAUCAACUGGGUGAAGAAGCAAUGGAGAGGUUCAGAGAGGAUGAAGGCUUUAUUAAAGAGGAGGAGAAACCUUUGCCCCAGAAUGAGUUUCAGAAACAGGUAUGGCUCAUAUUCGAGUAUCCCGAGAGCUCUAGUCCAGCUAGAGGGAUUGCAAUUGUUUCUGUGAUCGUGAUCACCAUAUCUAUCAUCACCUUUUGCAUGGAGACAUUACCUGAGUUUCGAGACGAGAGAGAACUGCCGGGUAACAUCCGAGCCGAAAACAGCACCCAGACACACUCGUCGCUCACCCUGUCUGACCCCUUUUUCAUAAUCGAGACCACUUGUGUGAUAUGGUUCACUUUCGAGCUCUUUGUGAGGUUCUUUGCGUGCCCCAGCAAGUCCGAGUUCUCCAAGACCAUCAUGAACAUCAUCGACAUCAUGUCCAUCAUGCCCUACUUCAUCACGGUGGGCACAGAGCUGGCCGAGCAGCAAGGCCAGGAGCAUAACAACGGACAGCAGGCUAUGUCGCUGGCCAUCCUGAGGGUCAUCCGGCUGGUCAGGGUCUUCCGCAUCUUCAAGCUCUCGAGACACUCCAAAGGGCUGCAGAUCCUUGGCCAGACCUUAAAGGCCAGUAUGAGGGAGCUCGGCCUCCUCAUCUUCUUCCUCUUCAUCGGGGUCAUCCUCUUCUCCAGCGCUGUUUACUUCGCCGAGGCCGAUGAGCCCGAGUCCCAUUUCUCCAGCAUCCCCGAUGCCUUCUGGUGGGCUGUCGUAACCAUGACAACAGUCGGCUAUGGAGACAUGAGGCCCGUGACUGUAGGGGGGAAAAUUGUCGGGUCCCUGUGCGCCAUCGCCGGAGUUUUGACUAUUGCCUUGCCGGUGCCCGUGAUCGUGUCCAAUUUCAACUACUUUUACCACAGAGAAACCGAUCAGGACCAGUCGUCCCUCAGAGAUGACCUGACCAUUGACCAUACAGCUGGAGAACUGAAAAAGAGCCACAGUAACUCCUCUCUGCGUUCCACAGGGGACGCGGAAAAUGGCGCUCAGGUUGAAAUACCCGCUGAGAAGGCCGACAUCAAAGCAAACAGCAAUGUGGACAUCCGGAGAUCCCUGUACUCGCUCUGCGUAGAUGCCAGGGAAACGGACUUGUAGUUCAGUCUGUGUUCACCCUUUGUAAACAGACUAUGUUUUUAUAUCAAGAGAUUUUUUUUUCUAAGUUGCCAGUUAAUUAAUACAGACAAACUGAAGCAGAUCCACUGUCUCUCCAUAUACAUCUCUGUAUACAGUAUAUAGCUAUUUUACAGCCAGAAUCAACAGGCUUUUCAACAGUGGGGAGUUUAAGGUAAAGUUGAUUCCCAGAGCAUAAUAGAAUAGCACAGUUGGUCAUCACAUUUAGACAUGAAUAAAUAUUUGUAAACGCAUGUAAACAUAUGUGUGCAUUUACAUUUAAUCAGGUUUCAGACUAUUAGGUUAUAUAUUCCGAUUAUAUUUGUAAGAAUAAUAGGUUUACAGAUUCAGUUACAGAUGACUGAACACAGUGGUACGGGAAGUAACUUCUUUAGAUGCUUACAUUUUUUAUAGAAAUUAGGGUGAGCAGAUGUUUCUAACUUCCGUGGAGUCGACACUACGAUAUUAUCAACUCUUUCUACACUUUAUUUUGCUGUUGUUUCUAAAGAGCCAAAUGAUUUUGUCGAUAUUUAAAUAUAAUCGUAUGCUGUUUUUAAAAACAAUUGUUUAGUGUAGAGUACUGACCAGCCGAAUCACAGUUUAUUCGUGUAUAGCGUAAAAGUACAUUAAUAAGGCAGUUUUUGGUGUACUGUUUGGUAUGUUGUUUCUUCGUUUUUUUUUUUAAUGUGCGAAGAUAUAUUUUAUACAAGAUUUAGCGGGCGUCGAUUGUUUUUCGUCGUUAUCUUCUCAAACCUCGUAAAACGACUUUAAGAAGAGUUGAAGAUUUAAGAUUUUAUUUACUGACGAACUACAAGCUUGGCUUUAGAAAUGCACUGAAUUCAACAGCAGUGUUUGAAAGUAAGACGAAGAGAGAAACUGGAAUAUCAGUGAAGCACGGACAGGAGACAGGGGACAUCUUUCGAAGAGGCCAGAAUGAAGGAGGUGAACUGACAGCCCAAGGAACGACUAGAUUCUGCCAUUCGAUACAGACGCAAGCAGCAGGUGUGGAACCCCGAGGAACCGUGCCGCAUGAGUCUGGAACGUGAAUGCUCAGACGCCCGAGCGUUUUCACAGCCAUCGGCCAUGUCGGUGGCGGCGCCAUCUGCCUGCGUGUGAGAGCCAGCGGGAACUCUCGUCACCGUCUACCGUGGUACCGCUCUCUCGCCAUGCCUGGGCCGCCUCGGUGGAGAGCAGAAGCGGCGUCGUGGAGAACAUCACGCCACCGGUGAGUCAGGGCUUCGCGCAGACCAUAAUGGACCGCUCUGACACAGGAACGCGGUCGCUUACAUAAUGGAGACCUAACCAGGAGCGUAGGGCUCCUCGCUGUGCCCCCCUCUCAGACGGUGAUGGGAGGGGGUGGGCUUUCUCUUCCUGAUGAUGACUUAGAAAUGAUUUUGUAGGACGCAAAGCGUCUAGUGAGCCGUCACGUUCCCCGAAGCUCCACCCUCCUGAAGGACCCCGUGUGCUGAGCCUGUGAGGUCACCUUGAUGUGCUCUAAUGAGGUUGUAAUAUACCACAACACAUCCACGUAAAGCGCCUUGGGAUGACUCUGUUGUGAAAGGCGCUAUAUAAAAAUAAAUUUCAUUGAAUUAUACAAAGGUCAGACCGAUGGGGCGGAGCCCUAGGGGACGCCCAGCACUGAUGACAGGCUUGGCCCCACCUACAGUGAAGGCUGGAAUGAUUUCUGUGCUUGUCUCUUUGCGAUGGUCUCGCUGUCAUAGGUCACCUGAUUAUUUUUAUUUAUUUCAGAUAGAUCAGACAUGAUUUAAAUGACAUGGUGACGUAGCACUGUCACCUCCCACAUUGAAGGGUGGGGGCUUGAAUCCUACCCCUCAGCACCGUAUUUGUGGCCUUUGCAUGUUCUAGCUGCAUUUGUGUUUUUCUCAUGCAGUUAGGUGACUUUGCAUACUGGUGUGUGCCCUCCGACUGACUGGUGUCAUGUACUGGGAUGGGAUGCAGGCUAACCAGGAUGGGUGAAAGAAUGAAAAUGGUUUAAUCAGCUCCCUGCUGAAGGCAUAUCGGGGUGAAGGAGCAUUGAGACCCCCUGGUUUCCAUACCCCCGUCUGUCUGCAUUUUCCUCUUCACAGCUACAGAUUCCCAGAAAAAUGAUUCUUUUUGCUCCACUUUUUGCCUUGUCACACGGGAGCCAUCUUGGUGUCACGUCCUGUGAUGCCUAUUGCUGAAACAGGUCACAAUCGCAAUAUUUGUUAUUAUCCCUCGCACACCUGCAUUUGAACCUGCUCAGCGAGACCCCUGACUCCUGAGCAGGCUGGUCUUGCUACAUAGGGCCCGGCGUCGAUCUCACACGCACGCUGUAAACAUCCCUCACGUGUGGAAUCGGACAGCGGAUAUGGCGGUUGGUCUGGUACAGCCUACAGGGACAGCGUACAACCAGCGUGGAUAAUCCAUCAUCAUUCAUCAUCCUCUCAAAAACACAGGGAGCAGAGCUGCAGUGUCAGAAAAUUCCAGAAAAGAAGAUAGGAAUGUGAAUUUUCUAAGGACAAUAAAAGAUACCAGGAUUGCGACCUGCUUCACUGCGAUGGGUUGGCACCCCUUCCUGGGUUGUUCCCUGCCUUCCAGGAUAAGCUCCGGACCCCUUCUGACCCUAUGCAGCACAAUUGGAUACAGAAAAUGGAUGGAUGGAUGGAUGGAUGGAUGGACGGCAUCUCGCAGGUGGUGCUAUCAGCUGAGCUUUGUGGUGCUGCUGCCUGUCUGUCACAGGCACAUGGGGAAUGGGGGUGCAGGUGCAGCUAGCCUCCCACCCUCCCCUCUGCAGUUCCCCUCUCAUACCCUGAUUUUGGGGACCCUGUUUUGCCAACAUGAUUGGUGUGGCCUCUGCAAAAUAGGCUCAUUAAUUAUUCAGUAUUUAUUGUUUGACCAAUGAGAUGCAAUGACAAACAAAAUGCCAUUGAUCUGAGAGAAACAGCAAGUGAUUGGCUAAUUUAAUGGUGCUGUGGUUUGUGGGUCGGUCUUGU